AUGGCCGUGGUGGAGGUAGUGCUGGAUCGAAAAUGGCCCAAUUGGUAUAGCGCCAUUUUGGAGCCACAUGCGGUUAGACAAUCCAACUCGUCGCGUCGCGUCACGUCACGUCGCGUACGUAUCGUGACUUUGGGAAAUCACGCUCGCAGUCCAAGCGUGUAUGCGGCUGCAAUUGACCAUACCACACUCGGGCACACAAUUCAUCGCUGUUCGUUUCUGAUACUUACGAAGAGGCCAAGACGCUUUUGCAUCAACUCUCUGGCCUUGGGCUUUCUCGCCAACAGUCUGUCCGGCCCUCCACACGCCUUGCAACUCCAUCCGAUAUCAACUUCACACCGUCGUGCCCCGCAUUUCAUGACGCCGACUUAG